AUGGCCAAACUUAACAUCUCCUGGUCGAAUGUGAAUAGUGAGAGGGAUAUAAUCAACGCAUUAGUAUGGAAUCGAUGGAUAUUACGAGUUCUCGGUAUCUGGCCGUUGGUAUAUUCAAAUACUACAACGAUCGAGAAGAUAUUAGCAACAAUAUCAUUCGCAUUAUGCUGGUCCGCGCUUAGUUUUCUUCUAAUUCCCAUGGGCAUUUCUACGCUGUCAGAACAAACAACUGUAAACGAAAAAAUCAAAAUGCUAGGUCCACUAAGCUACGUGUUAAUCUCGACAUUGAAAUAUUUUUUCCUGGUGAUACAUCACAAGAGCAUACGACAAUGCAUUCGGGUGAUAAGUACUGAUUGGCAUGCAGUCCAGCAGCAGGAAUAUCGAAAAAUUAUGAUUAAAUACAUGACAAAGAGCCAUGUGUUAUCCAAGAUUUGUAUAAUGUUCAUGUAUUGCGGAGGCUUCUGUUUUCAAACCGUAAUGCCGUUUCUGACACACACCACAAUCGACGAACAGAAUAUCACUGUUAAACCAAUAAUUUGCCCCGGAUUCGAUAUUAUUUUCGACUUGCAUUUUACGCCGACCUAUGUAUUUGUAUUUUGCGCACAAUGGUUAUCUGGUAUUGUACUGUUCAACGUCACUACAGCAGUGUGUUGCUUGGCAGCCAUGUUCGUCGCUCACGCUUGCGGUCAAAUCGAGAUCGUAAUGGCCCGCGUAGGAAAUUUUGUAAAAAAUGCACAAAGUAAUCAUAAACACAUAAAGCAACAGAUGGCAAUUAUAGUGAAACACCAUAUGCAGUCAUUGAGUGAUAAGAGCAAGGAGCGUCCCAAUUUCCUCGAGAUUACUUCCAACGAGAACUCUACAUGUGGGUAUAGGAAAGUCAAAAGAACCGUCACCGUCGACAGGUCCCAGAUAUAUUCGUAUCUGUGGCGCUGUGGCCUUAAGGUAGCCACUUCCUUAAAGAAUCUUCUGACCAAGGAGUGA